AUGACAUCCGCAUCUGAGCUGGUUACAGGCACAGCUGAGCCGGGUCAAAAUGGGAAAUUUACUGAGAUUGCUGAUAUUGUGGUUGUGGUGGUCUAUUUUAUAUUUGUUUUAGCAGUGGGAAUAUGGUCAUCUGUCAAAGCCAACAGGGGAACUAUUGGAGGUUACUUCUUAGCAGGAAGAUCCAUGACAUGGUGGCCAAUUGGAGCUUCUUUGAUGUCCAGUAAUGUUGGCAGUGGUUUGUUCAUUGGAUUAGCUGGUACUGGGGCAGCAGGGGGGAUUGCUGUGGGGGGAUUUGAGUGGAAUGCAGCAUGGGUCCUUGUGGCAUUGGGCUGGAUCUUUGUGCCUGUGUACAUUUCCGCUGGAGUCAUCACAAUGCCCGAAUAUCUCAAGAAGAGGUUUGGAGGCCAGCGCAUUCGGAUUUACAUAAGUGUUCUGUCUCUCAUUCUCUACAUCUUCACCAAAAUAUCAACAGACAUUUUCUCUGGAGCCCUGUUUAUUCAGGUCUCACUGGGAUGGGACCUGUAUCUCUCCACUGUCUUGCUGCUUGCAGUCACAGCACUCUAUACAAUUGCUGGUGGAUUAACCGCAGUGAUUUACACUGAUGCACUGCAGACUGUCAUCAUGGUAAUUGGAGCAUUUGUUCUCAUGUUCAUAGCAUUUAAUAAAGUAGGUUGGUACCAGGGCUUGCUGGAGCAAUAUGAGAAAGCUAUACCUGCUCUCACUGUUCCUAACACAACGUGUCACCUUCCUCGCUCCGAUGCCUUUCACAUCUUUCGGGACCCGGUCAGUGGUGAUCUGCCGUGGCCUGGCUUGCUUUUCGGGCUCACCGUGCUGGCUACAUGGGUGUGGUGCACUGACCAGGUGAUAGUGCAGAGGUCCCUCUCUGCUAAAAACCUUUCCCAUGCUAAAGGAGGCUCUGUGUUAGGUGGCUACCUAAAGAUCCUACCCAUGUUCUUCAUUGUCAUGCCAGGAAUGAUCAGCAGAGCACUUUACCCAGAUGAAGUUGGAUGUGUGGAUCCUAAUGAAUGCUUUAAGAUAUGUGGAGUUUCUGUGGGCUGUUCUAACAUCGCCUAUCCUAAACUGGUAGUGGAAUUGAUGCCAGUAGGUAUGAGAGGCCUAAUGAUUGCAGUAAUGAUGGCUGCUCUUAUGUCCUCUCUUACAUCUAUAUUUAACAGCAGCAGCACCCUCUUCACUAUGGACAUUUGGCUGCGCAUGAGACGACAGGCAUCUGAGAGGGAGCUCAUGGUAGUGGGCAGAGUGUUUGUUUUAUUCUUGGUGGUCCUGAGCAUUUUAUGGAUUCCAAUUAUCCAGUCAGCCAACAGUGGGCAGCUGUUCGAUUACAUUCAAUCUAUAACCAGUUACUUGGCCCCUCCAAUCACUGCUGUCUUUCUGAUGGCCAUCUUUUGGAGUCGCGUGAAUGAACAAGGAGCAUUCUGGGGGCUGAUGGUGGGAUUGGUGGUUGGCCUUGUACGCAUGGUGAUGGAGUUCGCCUAUGGUACUCCUUCCUGUGGACAGGAGGACCUGAGACCGUCCAUACUUAAAGAUGUGCACUACCUGUACUUUGCUCUUAUACUGCUUGCACUGACAGUGCUUGUAAUUACUACAGUUAGCCUCUGCACUUCUCCUAUCCCAGAGCAACAUCUUAUCCGUCUAACCUGGUGGACAAGACACAGUAAGCAGGAGCGUGUAGAUAUGGAAGACCUUUGGGCAACCUCACCCACAGCAGCACCCUCUCACCCUGCUUCUGACCCUGAGAUGAAUAUGGAAAGGCGUGUGUGGUGGAGACGAGUGGGAAUGUGGCUGUGUGGACUGUCUGAAGCUCCAAAACCGGAGCUAAGCCAAGAGGAACAACUGGCUAUGGAAAAAAAGCUGACUAGCAUUGAAGAGGAACCCAUCUGGAGAAAUGUUUGCAAUAUCAAUGCCAUUAUCCUACUCACAGCAAAUGUAUUUCUUUGGGGUUACUUUGCUUAAGAAGAGCUGACUCUUCUCUCCUCACUCUGUCAUGUGUUACAUCUGGAGUCUUGUAGCCAUGACAUUUAUCUGAGAAACCUAAAACAGAAUAACUUGAAUUUGAAAAAAAAGUACUGUACAAACGAAUAAAACCAUCCAAUACUUAAGAGGAGCUUUAACAAAAUGCUAUUUGGUAAUAAAUAAAUAAACUAUAACAAACAAACAAAUCAAAUUAUAAUGAUAAAGUGCUAACAAUGGAUAAAGCAUGCUGAUUGUUUAGAUGGACCAAAUGUAAAUGAUUGCUUAACACACAAUAAUGGACAAACUCUACGGUUACACAUAAUCAUAAAGUUAAUGUGUUGAGAAAAUUUGCUACAGUCCUCAGCAAAAGUCACUUAAACUUCAAACACUGUUUGGUUUAUUUUGAAUAGUUAUAUAUCAUGAUAAUUAAUCAUUUCAGAGAUAUAUAAACAUUUACUAUAUAAAUAUCUAAACUAUAAUUUCACCUGUAUAUUGUGUAGUUAAAAAAAAAGUUUACUGGAUUACAUUCCGGACAUAAAUAUGUUUAUUAUAAAUGUAAUUUAAAAAUGUUUGGCUACAUGGAAGGUUUAUACUGUUGUAAUGAAUUAAACAUUUAUUACAUUUAUGGUAACAGUACUUUAACCUGUUUUUUAUGUAAUGUAAUUGAAAUGUAAUACUAAGGAA